AUGCCUCCAUCCAGCAAUUUCUUUAGCAUCAUCGCCGGUGUUGGUGCAGGUACUGGUCACUCUGUCGCCCUCAAGUUUGCUUCCACCUACCCCGUCGUGCUCCUAGCCCGUAAUCCCGCCAAUUAUGAACCUACCAUAAAAGCUAUCACCUCAUCCGGUGGACAAGCAAUCGGAAUCAGCACUGAUGUUUCUGAUCCCUCUUCCGUGACCAACGCAUUUGAGGAAAUCAAGAAGCAAUACGGUUCCAAGAAAUUGGCAGCUGCGGUCUACAAUGUAGGGGGCAAGUUUGUGAGGAAGCCAUUUUUGGAGUUGAGUUUGGAGGAUUAUGAGGCGGGUUAUGAGAGUAAUGGAAAGGGAUUCUACCUAUUUGCACAAAAAGCCUUACCACUCCUUCUGGAUUCCGUGGCUGAUUCUCCACAUCCGCCCUCCCUGAUCGUUACAGGAGCUACAGCAUCCAUAAGAGGCGGUGCUCUAAUGUCAUCAUUCGCGAGUGGUAAAUUUGCUUUGAGAGCAACCACUCAGAGUUUAGCUAGAGAGUUUGGUCCUAAAGGAGUACAUGUUGCGCAUGCGAUCAUUGACGGUGUGAUUGAUAUUCCUAGAACUAAGGAAUGGCAAGCGAAUGGAGGGGUUGAGGAUGGAAAGAUCAAGGCUGAUGCUAUUGCGGAUGCAUAUUGGUAUUUGCACACACAACACAGAUCACAUUUCACUCAGGAAUUGGAUGUCAGACCAUAUGUUGAGAAGUUUUAA